UACAGCAUCUCUUCUCCCUCCACGUCCUCCAAAAUGUCUGGCGGACAAGUAAUAUCCGGAAAGGAGGUUGCUCAGCACAAUUCGCGCGAGAGCUGCUGGAUAAUCGUCCAUGGCAAGGUUUACGACGUCACAGAAUUCUUGGAUGAUCAUCCCGGCGGCAGCAAAAUCAUCCUCAAAUAUGCGGGGAAGGACGCUACGGCAGAAUAUGAACCAAUUCAUCCCCCUGACGCCAUCACCACUAACCUACCGCCAGAGAAGCACCUUGGUGUAGUCGAAGCUGGAACGGUCGAGAAAGUUGAGGUAAAGAUCUCUGACGAAGAGAAGGCUCGUUUGGAACGGUUCGAGCUAAGGCCACCUCUGUCUGAAGUUUUGAACUUGCAUGAUUUCGAGUACAUUGCGAAACUAGUCAUGCCUGAGAAAGGCUGGGCAUACUAUUCUUCCGCCGCCGAUGACGAGAUAACACACCGAGAAAACCACGCUGCUUAUCAUAGAAUAUGGUUCCGGCCACGAAUCUUGCGAGACGUUACACAAGUCGAUUGGUCAACAACGAUACUGGGACAUAAAUCUAGCAUGCCGAUUUACAUCUCAGCGACUGCGCUCGGAAAGCUAGGCCAUCCCGACGGCGAACUGAACUUGACGAGAGCCGCUGCGAAGCAUGGUAUCAUUCAGAUGAUUCCGACCCUUGCGUCCUGCUCUUUCGAUGAGAUUUUGGAUUCUGCUAAGCCUGGUCAAGUGCAAUUUUUCCAGCUCUAUGUUAACAAAGACCGGAAUAUUACGAAGCGAAUUGUUCAGCACGCGGAGGAGCGAGGAAUUAAGGGUCUUUUUAUUACGGUCGAUGCGCCACAGCUAGGUCGUCGAGAAAAGGAUAUGAGGAUGAAAUUUGAAGCUGAAGAUCCCUCUGAGGUUUCUAAGGCCGGCUCAGACGGAGUAGACAGAACUCAGGGUGCCGCGCGAGCAAUCAGUUCCUUUAUUGAUCCCGGCUUGUGUUGGAAUGACAUCAAAUGGUUCAAGAGCAUCACUUCAAUGCCUCUCAUAUUAAAGGGCGUACAGUGCUGGGAGGACGCGAUGGAGGCUUACGAUUAUGGGCUGGCCGGCGUCGUUCUCUCAAAUCAUGGUGGUCGCCAGCUCGACUUCUCACGGUCAGGGAUCGAGGUCCUUGCUGAAGUCGUGGAGAAUUUGAAGAAGAGACGUGGCUUGUCCUUCCCCAACGACAAGUUCCAGUUGUUCAUCGAUGGAGGUGUGCGACGUGCUACCGAUAUUCUUAAGGCGGUUGCUCUUGGUGCAACGGCUGUUGGUAUUGGCAGACCCUUCCUUUACGCAUUCUCGACCUACGGGGAAGACGGUGUCAACAAGGCCCUGCAAAUAUUGCAUGACGAGUUUGAGAUGAACAUGCGCCUCCUCGGGGCACCGACGCUCAGGAAUGUCGUCCCUGAGAUGGUAGAUAUCUCAAAUCUUCGGUCUCAUAUCGUCUCUGUGCCAGAUGAUAGACUAUAUGCCGGAAACUACGAAAGCUUAGAACAUGCUAAACUCAAGGUUUCGAGCAUGAAAUCCAGGCUGUGAAACUUUGCUAGAGUACUGUUACUUUCUGUCUUUUGUAUAGUAUGAACCUACUAGAAUUUACUUGGAUGGCACACAAAUAAG